UAAAUAAUAAUAGUAUAAUAUUCCGCCAUUUUAAAAUAGAAUCCCCGGGCUUCGUCUCGCCCACCAGCAGCUCGCCGGAGACGGAUUCCAGAGAACUGCGGCGAGCUCUCGCGGUCGUCGUGAUUCUACUGCCCCCUCUGGAUUCCGGGGAGGGUGCUGCUGUUUUGGUUUGCAAUAUGCGGCUGUCUCCCUCAAACGCGGCCGCCGAUUGCGUGCUCGCGUCGAGCUCCGGGCUGUGACGAGAGAGAGGGGAUCUCAGUCGCCGACCUGGUAAGGUCUGUGGUGCGGCGCGGCGCCCGCAGGAUGCCAACCGAACAGAGGCGCCACAUGCCCCCAUUCCACCUUCCUGCAGAGUCCGAAUCGUCUUUCUUCACCGAUGAGCUUCGCCUGAGGACUGAGAGAGAAGUUGGACUUUUGAAGCAGGGUUGCUUUCCUGAGCAUGUUGGCGGAUUUUCAUUAAUUUUGGGAAGCAAGUCUGUUGCAUCUUCUCCACUUCAAAAGGUCAAGCCUAUUGGCGCAACAGUAGUGGAUCUGUUAGAUAUUAUGCAGCCACACAAGCUAAUGGACCAGAAAACUCCAUUUGGCCUUGAGGACAAGCUGUUGGGCCAAAAAAAUGUUAACCUACCGCGAUCUUCCUGCAGAGCUGAUCAAGAUCAUGUACACAGACCUCAUUCAUUUUUUAAGCCAUUGGCUUCGCCUCUGGAAGGGAGAAGGGAAAAUUCAAACAUGUCCCAAUUUGAAAGUGGACUUUUUUCAAGCUCACUUCCAGACAUUUUUGACAAGAAAAUAAGAUUAACACCAAAGGACGGAAUUGUUGGCCAGCUUGUCGAAAAAGUUCAUUUCAAUAAUGUGGAUGAUGAGCCUUUUGAGUUAACCAAGGAAGUUGAGGCCCAAAUAAUUGGCAACCUGCUCCCUGAUGAUGAUGACUUACUGUCAGGUGUUCUUGAUGAUGUUGGGUAUACUGCCCGAGCUAAUAAUCAGGAUGACAUUGAUGAUGAUAUAUUCUAUACUGGAGGUGGAAUGGAAUUGGAAGCUGAUGAAAAUAGCAAAUCGUCAGAAGUUAAUGGUGGAGCCAAUAAUAGUCAGACUAGAUUAAAUGGCCAACUGAAUGAAGGCACAUAUGGGGAACUACCCUCGAGAAUCCUUUUUGUCAGAAACAUUGAUAGCGACGUUGAGGAUUCUGAAUUGAAAUUCUUAUUUGAGCAAUAUGGAGACAUCCAUACGUUUAACGCUUCAUGCAAACAUCACGGUUUUAUGAUGGUAUCUUACUACGAUGUAAGAUCGGCAGAAAAUGCUAUGAAGGCCCUUCAAAGCAAGCCACUCAGACGUAGGAAACUUGACAUACAUUACUCUACUCCAGAGGGCUAUCCUUCGGAGAAAGAUAUUAACCGGGGCACACUUGUAUUUAACCUUGACCCUUCUGUAACUAAUGAUGACCUUCACCGGAUAUUUGGUGUCUAUGGUGAAAUCAAGGAGAUUCACAAUACUUCAGACAAUGGUCAUCACAAAUUGAUGGAGUUUUAUGAUGUUAGAGCAGCUGAAGCUGCAAGAUAUGCCUUAAACAGGAGUAAUAUUGCAGGAAAGCAAAUCAAAUUGGAGCCCAGCUGUCAGGGUGGUACUAAACGUUUGAUGCAGCAGAUGUCUCGUGAGUUGGAGCAGGGGCGCUUUGGUGUAUGCAAACUGGGAAGUCCAUGUAGUCCUUCUUCAACAUGCUUUGGUUCCGUCAAUGUCACAACCAUCAGAUCCACUGGCCCAGAAAGUGGAACUGUUCAGGUUUUACGUUCUAGAGUUCAGACACCGACAAACCAAUUCAGAGAGGGAAAAAGUUUUCUGGAUCUUCCCUCAACUACCAUACCAAGUGUAUCCUCUCCUGUUGGAAUUGCAACUGCAGGAUCACAAAGCAACCACUACGCUCUUGAUGAGCACAGCCAUUCACUUGAAAAGAUGAAUGGACAGAAUAAUGGGCAAAUGGAUUAUGGCUUUCAAGAGAUCAGUGCUUUUCAUGCUCACUCUCUCCCUGAGUUUAACAACAGACAAAGUAAUGCUAUCCCUUAUAACUUAAGCACAAUACCACCCAUCGGUGUUAGGAGCAACAUUAGAACUGCUGAAGCAAUGGAUGACAGGCAUAUUUACAAAGGAGGUUCUGGGAAUCUCAGCCAUCAUUCUUCUGCACAAAGUGAAGCACUUGGGUUUUCAAGAACUGGCAGCUGGGGCCUCCAUGGUCACCAAUUAGUACAGAGUAAUUCAAAUAACUUACAUCAUCAGCCCUCUUCUCCCAUGCUAUGGCCUAGCACAGGCCCAUUUUUUAAUAAUAUACCAUCUCGUCCAUCGAUGCAAAUUCAUGGAAUUUCAAGAGCACCGUCUCACAUGCUUGAAAAUACCAUCCCUAUGAAUCAUCAACAUGUGGGAUCUGCACCUGCUGUCAAUCCAUCAAUUUGGGAUAGGCCACAUGGGCAUUCAGGGAAAAUGAUAGAAGCAUCAGGCUUCCACACUGGGAGUGCUGGAAGCAUGGGUUUCCCUGGCAGUCCGCAUCUGCAUCAGUUGGAGCCCAAUAGUAUGUUUCCUCACACUGGAGAAACUUUUACAGACUCAGCCAUGUCUCCUACACACAUGGGUGCUCCAUCUCCUCAGCAGAGAUGGCAUAUGUUCCAUCGAAGGAGUCAUAUGGCUCCGUUUCCAUCCUCAUUCGAUUCAUCUGGUGAACGCAUGCGGAGCCGAAGAAAUGAGUCAAGUGCUAAUCAAUCUGACAAUAAAAGGCUGUAUGAGCUUGAUAUUGAGCGUAUAGUCCGGGGCAAAGACUCCCGGACUACACUGAUGAUAAAGAAUAUCCCAAACAAGUACACAUCAAAGAUGCUUUUGGCUGUUAUUGAUGAAAAUCAUAGGGGAACUUAUGAUUUUAUCUACCUGCCAAUUGACUUCAAGAAUAAGUGCAAUGUUGGUUAUGCAUUCAUCAACAUGAUCAAUCCUGAGCAUAUUGUUCCAUUUUAUAAGUCAUUUAAUGGGAAAAGGUGGGAGAAAUUCAAUAGUGAGAAAGUGGCAUCACUGGCUUAUGCUAGAAUCCAAGGGAAAUCAGCUCUAAUUGCUCAUUUCCAGAACUCAAGUUUGAUGAAUGAGGAUAAACGCUGCCGCCCUAUACUCUUCCACUCAGAUGGUCCGAAUGCAGGAGAUCAAGAACCAUUCCCUGUGGGAAUGAACGUCCGUUCCAGGCCGGGGAGAUCCAGAAUUUUGAGCUACGAAGAAAACCAUCAGGAUGUCCUAUCUGCUCCUGCCAAAGGCGAGAGUCCUGUGAACAGAUGUGGUGACGCUCCAGGCUACAUCACCAGGGAGACCGAUCCGACCUCUGCCGCAUGAAGCACUAACCACAACACCCAACUUUUGACUGUUGCAAUCCGGGUUUCACAUCUCCAUCUCUUUCCCACCCUUUCUGCAUAUUGGUGUCUGUAAUUAUACUUAGUUCCAUGUACUGGUCAUCGGUUGCCCCUAGACAGCUGCAAAUUUUGUCGCUGACCGGGAAACUAGGAGACCAACCGGGGGGGGGGGGGUGCUCCUCGUCUCCCCUGAAGCUGUACUGUUAACCCAAGACCGUUGCAGAAGGCUAAGGCACAGGGAGCGCUUCGAGAUUUUGGGUAGUAACAUGUAACCCAGUGUUGUACAGGUGUUCCCGGUAAGAAGGCCGUGGUAGGAGAGGGAACGAGACAGAGAUGUUCACUCUGUUUGGGUGGUGUUGUAUGCAAGGCAGGCUGCUCCUGCAUCUUUUGUAGC